CCAUGUUCACGACAUUUGCAUCUCUAUGCCGAGCCUGCGUUACUAUGCUCGAGCGUAUUAUAUCAGCGCUUUCUAAUCCUGAAAAUAGCCAUUCGGGAAUAGGAAAGAUACGCAUAGAGAAACAGCUGGAGCGGCUUCGUUUAUGGAUUGGCGAUAACGGGGCUAUGCAAUCCUCAGACUCCGCUAUGUAUCUUGAGUCGCGGCUUUUGGAGGAGAGCGAGGUGUUGGACUUGAUUUGGGGCAUCCUUGAUGAUUUCUACGAAGCCGCUCUAGACAUGUGUAAUAUCGUAACAGGAAAUUGUGUGGGUAAAGUAGCUACCCGAAGUCGCUACUCUCUAGGCGAAGAGAAUGAUGACGAAGACGAAGACGAAGAUCAAAACGAGGAAAGUGAGCUCCUUCAAGAGAUGGAUAACUGCCUUGAACUUCUCUUCUUCAAAGGCUCUCACAUCCUUCGUCAAGCCGGACCGACAGACGUCUUCCUCAAAUCCUUGAAUAGACCCGAGCAUCACCUGGAAAGAAAUUCCGAUGUGAUUCAUGUUGGCGAAGCUUUCCCCAAACUUGCCAUGGGAGAAUUUUCAUGGCUAAGACUACGACUUGGCCGAGCUAUCACGGAUCGGCGGCAAUACUUGGACUAUAUUCGCGACCAUCAUGGAAAUUCAGGAGGCCAUUCAAUCGGGAGCUUACUGUCCCAAAAUCUGGAAGAUGUUUCGUCAGUUCCAGUCAAUUCGUAUCUUCAAAGUAAUUUGAUUGCCUUGUCUCCAGGAAAGGUUCCAAAGCUACCCCACCAGAUACUACAGUAUGGCCUACGGAUCGAAUGUCCUUUCUGUUAUAACAGAGUGACAUUUGAAUCAGAAGAAAUCUGGCAACAACAUGUGUUUUCGGACCUGCGUGCGUACGUUUGCACAUUUCCAAACUGCGAAGCCCCGUAUUUCUGCAACGAGGAUGAUUGGUUUAGCCAUGAGAUGCAAAAGCACCGCGUCAACUUUGUUUGUGCAUUUUGUGCGGGCACUUCAUGCGAGACGGAAGAAGACUACAAGACUCAUGUGCUGGCACAUCAUCCAGAUUUGCUGGAAAUUGACUCUGAUCAUGAAGAGCCCGUACUGGAGGUAGCUCGCAAACCUCUCAAACAGAUUGCUACCAACGCAUGCCCCUUCUGUAUGGAUGAUCAUCUACAAGCUGAUCAGAAAGCCGCGAAAAGGGAUGUGCAGAUCAAUCCAUUCAAUUGUGUAUUAUAUGUCGAUCCCUCUGUCUUCAAACGGCACCUGGCAUCUCACUUACAACAAUUAGCUUUAUCCGCCAUUCCAGAACGCGCUAUUUCAAGUUUCGCCAUUCCAGGAUCACCCAGCCCUGUUAUGGAUGGCGCGAUUGAUGAGGAACAAGUUGACUUGUCUCCGCCUUCGUCAUCAUCUGCAACUCUUCGUCUGACCGGGGCUGGAAAUAAAUCCCAGAAAUUAUAUCAAUGGGCCUGCUGCUCAUGCGGAUUUGGCUGGUUGAACUACUACACAUGUAUCGAGUGCCCUUACUGCAAUAAUCAUAUACGCUGCGGUGGCUGUACAAUAGUGUGUGAUGAGGUAGGGUAG